AUGCCCGUCCUCGUUGCCGGUGCUGCCGUCGCCACCGUCGGAACCGGUCUCAUCUACACUCUUGAUAUCGGCUCCGGUACCGGCAGCUGGAUCGGCUUCCAGGUCCUCGCCGGCCUCGGCUGGGGUGCCGCUUACCAGAUCCCCAUCAUUGUCGGCCAGCGCGGCGCUCAGCCCACUGACGUUUCGUCCAUCACUGCCAUCGUAUUGUUCUUCCAAAACUUCGGCAGCACCGCCUGCGUCACCGCCGGCCAAGCCGCCUUCGCCAACCAACUCCUCAACAAGUUGUCCACCGCCGCGCCCUCCGUCGACCCCGCCGCCGUCAUCGCCACCGGCGCCACCGCCAUCCGCACCGUCUUCGACCCCGCCGAUGUCCCCGGCAUCGUCAUGUCCUACAUGGCCGGCGUCAAGGUCGCCUUCGCCAUCGGCAUCGCCGCCGCCGGCGCUGCUUUCGUCACCGGCUUGUGCGGCGACUGGAAGGCGGACGGCAAGUCCAGCGAGGGUGGUGAUGUCGAAAUCAUUGCCGCCUUGUAA